AUGGAUCCCAACCAAUGGAAUCCUUAUUAUAAUUAUUUACCAACUCCCACUGGUGACAGUUCUCAAAAUUUUCAAAUGUGUCCGCGACCAUCGCUCCCUAUUGGUGACGGUUUUCAAAAUCUCCAAUCUUUUAUGUUUCAAUCACCACCAUUCUCUACCAGCAACAAUUCUCAAUAUACCCGACCGUUUAUGUUUCAACCACCACCAACCAUCGACAUUGUAGAGUCUCCUAACGUUGAAUCCGAAUCACCAAUUGGGUCCAUUACAGAUUCUCAAGUGCCAGGCAACUCCACUCAGGAUGGUCUAGAAAAUAUUACUUUUACGGAAGAAGGAGAACGUUCAACCCAAAAAAAACAGCGUCUCAGGUUCUUAGAAGAAGAAGAUAGUUGCUUAUUCAGACAUGGCUUAACAUUUCCAAAGAUUCAAUAG